AUGGAUCUAGUAAUAGAUGACAAAGCUAAAAUUGGUUUAGGUAUUCUUGUAAUAGGCCAUAUGUUUAAGGCUAUGCAAUUAGUAAAUAAAUCAGUUACUAUUAAAAAUAAUAAUUUUCCUAAAGAAAGUAAAAUAAAACUUAGACCUUUAGUAUAUCUUCUUAUUGACUCUAAUGAUUCAAAUACUACACUUCACUUUAGACAACUCACUAUUUUUAUUAGGCCUGAAUAUUUUGUGAAUAUAUCUUUUUUGAUGCAUAUAGCUGAUUUAUUAAGUCUUGUUAACAACCAAGAUUUUGAUACUGUUUUAUUAAAAGAAAAUGAGGUUAGACCAGUAUGGGUUCUUCUUGUUAAUAAGGAGCCUAAUGAGAAUCUAAAACACUUUAAAAAUAUUAUUGAAUAUUACAACUUAUUCUGGACUCUAGAUCUUAAUUAUUUAACUAUCUGCACACAUGCACUAUAUCAAAGUGCAUAUAAUCCUGUAGAAAAGAGCAUGGCUUCCUUAUUAAAAAAACUUGCUAAUAUUACUUUGCCUAUAGAUAAAUAUA